AUGGCCGAUCCUGGGGUCACUUUUAACCGGAGGGAUCCUAUUAAGUCCUCAGUUGGACAUGCCGCGGCUAGUAGGAGACGACAGCAUGCAGUCGCAGUUGGGAAAGAAAGGAGGGAAUCGCUGGUGCGAGCGAAAAGACUCUGUAGGGUCGGCAUUGGUGGUGGCGAUGAUGAAGUUUCCAUUGACAGUGACAUGAUAAUUGAUGAAGAGCAAUCUAUUUUGGAGUCUCAGACUUCGGUGGCAGUGGAAAAUUUGAAAUCUUCCCUUACUUUUCAGGGGAAGGGUGCAGUGAAGAAAAGGGUUGGGGCCCUUCAAGAAUUAAGGCGUUUGCUGUCGAGAUCUGAGUUUCCUCCUGUUGAGUCUGCUCUUAAAGCUGGAGCUGUACCCAUGCUUGUGCAGUGUCUCUCGUUUGGUUCUCCAGAUGAACAGUUGCUAGAGGCGGCUUGGUGUCUCACAAAUAUUGCUGCAGGGAAUCCAGAAGAAACGAAAGCAUUGUUGCCUGCAUUGCCCUUACUUAUUGCUCAUCUUGGGGAAAAGAGCUACCCACCUGUUGCUGAACAGUGUGCUUGGGCUCUAGGAAAUGUGGCUGGUGAAGGUGAAGAGUUGAGGAAUGUUCUGCUAGUUCAAGGAGCGUUACUACCUCUUGCAAGGAUGAUGCUACCAGAUAGAGGUUCAACUGUUAGAACAGCUGCCUGGGCUUUGUCUAACCUAAUCAAGGGCCCAGAUCCUAAAGCUGCUACAGAACUCGUUCGAAUUGAUGGAAUAUUGGAUGCAAUCAUCCGAAACUUGAAGAAAGCGGAUGAUGAAUUAGCAACUGAAGUAGCAUGGGUGGUUGUUUAUCUGUCCGCCCUUUCAAAUUUAGCCACCAGCAUGCUGGUGAAGAGUGAUGUACUUGAAUUACUUGUAAAUAAAUUAUCAACAUCAAACAGUUUGCAAUUAAUGAUUCCGGUUUUGCGCAGUUUAGGUAAUCUCAUUGCUGGCGAUUCCCAUGCAAUUAAUGAGGUUCUCAUUCCUGGACGUGAAAUUACAGGUAAUGCCAUAGAAGUUCUUGUAAAAUGUCUGAAUUGUGAAAACAGGGUCUUAAAAAAGGAAGCAGCCUGGGUGCUAUCUAAUAUAGCUGCUGGCUCUGUUGAGCACAAACAGUUGAUACAUUCUAGUGAAGCAGUGCCUUUGCUAUUGCGAAUUUUUUCUGCCGCUCCAUUUGAUAUAAGAAAGGAAGUGGCUUAUGUAUUAGGAAACCUUUGUGUUGCCCCAAUUAAAGGUGCUGGCAAGCCAAGUCUGAUCCCGGAGCACAUGGUUGCACUUGUUGAAAAAGGAUGUAUACCAGGUUUUAUUGAUUUGAUUAGAUCUGCUGAUAUUGAAGCUGCAAGGCUAGGACUGCAGUUCAUAGAGAUGGUCCUGAGGGGGAUGCCAAAUGGUGAGGGCCCAAGGCUUGUAGAGCAAGAAGAUGGGAUUGAAGCAAUGGAAAGAUUUCAGUUUCAUGAAAAUGAAGAUCUGAGAACUAUGGCAAAUACAUUAGUUGACAAAUAUUUUGGAGAAGACUACGGGCUUGAUGUCUAG